CCGAUGACGAUCGAGCGGGCGCCGGCGGGUCAAACGCUCGCGCCGUUUCGAACCAGUGCCGGCUGUGAUGUCAUCGAGUAGAUAUCGAAUUCUCGACUGCUGUUACGGACGGGGUACUAAGGUACAGUACUAGUACGUGUACUAGUCCGUUUGGGCAGGUGGGGGGCGCCCCAUUGGCAAUUGCAGGGCACAUGCCGUCAUCUCAGGAGCUGCGAGACCCGAGCUUGAGCUUGAGAUGGCAUGUAGCGAUAGAUUGGGAAUGGGGAGGACCACCAACACCACCCAAGAUGGGGGAAAUAAUGGGGGGGAAGGGGAGAGGGGGGGACAGUUCGGGGAUAGGGUACGGAAUAACGGAUAGAAAGAAGAGGGCAGCAACGCCCAAAAAAGCCAAAAAAUCAGGGCGCGGCUAUAGCAUCACUCACAGUACCCCUCAACACCCCUCCACCCCACUUGCUGUGUGCCUCCCAGUCCAACUCCCCCCUCCCGGCCACACCGGGAGUCAGUCUGGUCUGCCCGACCUCUUCUAUCUAUUUGUACUCAUACUUCUUCUUCUUCUUCUUCUUCUUCUUCUACUUCUUCUUCUUCUACUCCCUUCCUUCAUCUCUAUUUCAUUAUACCCAAACAAACUUCUCCUCCUUCCCUCCCUCCAUCCCUCUCUUUGAUUCCAAUCACAAUCAUGUCUAACGGAAAGACCUUCACUCUCAGCAACGGCGUCAAGAUCCCCGGCGUGGGUUUCGGCACCUUCGCCAGCGAGGGCGCCAAGGGUGAGACCUACCAGGCCGUCACCGCCGCCCUGAACACCGGCUACCGUCACCUCGACUGUGCCUGGUUCUACCUCA